UCCUGGAGCACAGCUCAAUAAACUCCCUGCCUGUUUCUCUGCUCUGGCCAUGGCCCACCCCCAGAACUUGUGCCUCCUUUUGAUGGGAGCCUUCCUGACAGUCUCACAGCCAGUCCUAGCCCAGCCGGAUGCACUAAUGGUCUUCCCAGGCCAAGUGGCCCAACUCUCCUGCAGACUCAGCCCCCACCAUACCACCAUUUUGGACUAUGGUGUGUCCUGGUACCAGCAGCGGCCAGGCAGUGCCCCCCGCCUUCUUCUCUACUACCAUUCGGAGGAGGACCACCAUCGGCCUGCUGACAUUGCCAAUCGAUUCUGGGCUGCCAAGGAUAUAGUCCACAAUGCCUGUGUCUUGACCAUCAGCCCUGUGCAGCCUGAGGAUGAUGCAGAUUACUUCUGCUGUGUUCAUUACGGUCUUGAUCUCUAGGGAUGGGAUAUGGGAUGAAUCUCUUCUCUGCCCUUGACUUUGGGCCCCUCUCUUUUCUCAGUCUUGCUUUCUUCCUUUGUAAAAUCGGUUAAUCACA